UUGGGGAUGUAUAUAUUCUCCGAUGCCAAAGCCGAAAGUCAUCCUUCAGUACCCAGCAGAGAGCUUGGAAUAUUUGAAGCCCAAAAAUGGUGAACUACCUCCUGAUGAUAGCUGCGGAGCUCGAGAACCUCACCAACCUUGAGCCCCAAGGUGGCUGCGACGACCCCAACUUUUCCUACCUCUUUAAGUUGAAAUGUGGGAGGUGUGGAGAGGUAAGCCAGAAAGAAACUAGUGUGACCUUGAGUGAGACCGUUGCUCUCCCAGCUGGUAAAGCAACCACUAAUCUCAUUCAGAAGUGCAAGUUUUGUGGAAGGGAUGGUACUGUAACAAUGAUCCCAGGCCGUGGUAAACCACUGACUCAAGAAGUAAGUGAAUCUGGGAAGCAUGCCCCCUUGAUGUUGUUUGACUGCAGGGGUUAUGAGCCUAUUGGAUAUGUAUUCAGCGGUGACUGGAAAGCUGAAUCAAUUGCAGGAACUAAAUUUCACAGCAUUGACUUGUCAGAAGGGGAAUAUGCAGAAUAUGAUGAGAAGGGAGAGUGCCCAGUUAUGAUAUCUAAUCUUCGUUCUACUUUUGAUGUGGUGAGGUAGAGAGUAGUACUCUCUUAUCAGCAUUAUGUCUUCGUAUAUAUGAAUAACACUUUUUCUCUGGAUGAGGUAGAAAGCAUUCAGAUACUUUAUAUAAUCUAUGGAUCGGUUUAUCACUGAAAUUGGCUGAAUGUGACAUGUUUGACUUGGAUUUGUUCAUGAAAUUUCUGACUAGAGCUAUCAACUGAUUAUGUUGAUAAUUAUGUUUUGCGGGUA